AAGCGCACGUUAGCAUAGAAAAAAAAAUAAAAAAAAUAGCAGCAAUCGGACCUGUCUCGGAGCCGUUUUACCGGGUCCCUUCCAUUUCUUUUCUUGUCUUCUCUGUCAAAGAAGAACAAAUUAAUUCAUUUCACAAAUUGCGGAGAAAGAAAAAGAAAAGGAGAGAAAUCGCUGGAGAGAGAGAGAGAUGUGGGUGCUUUAUUUGAUAUGGUUACCUCUAACACUAGGCAUGGUGAUUUUAACUGCCAGAUACUUCGCAGGACCUGAGGUUCCUCGGUAUGUCUUCUUCACUGUCGGAUACACCUGGUUCUGUUCUCUCUCCAUCAUCAUCCUCGUCCCUGCCGAUAUCUACACGACUAAAUUUGAUCUUGAUCGCGAAGGCAUUUCUUUCUUUUGGAGUUGGUCGUAUUGGAGUACAUUUUUACUGACCUGGGGUGCGGUGCCCCUUAUUCAGGGUUUUGAAGAUGCAGGAGAUUUUACCGUGAUGGAAAGAUUAAAGACUAGUGUACGUGCAAACUUAGUCUUCUAUUUAAUUGUGGGAGCCAUUGGCCUCUUUGGAUUUAUUCUUCUCAUCACGAUGAACAAGAUAAGGAUUGGAAACGUGCUUGCUGUUGCCAUGGCCUGCUCAAAUACUUUUGGACUUGUUACUGGUGCAUUUCUUCUUGGUUUUGGUUUGAGUGAAAUUCCCAAGAGCCUGUGGAGAAAUUCAGAGUGGUCAGUCCGCCAAAAAGUACUUUCUCAUAAAAUUGCCAAAAUGGCUGUGAAACUUGAUGAUGCUCAUCAAGAUCUUUCAAAUGCUAUUGUAGUUGCUCAAGCAACAUCCAAUCAGAUGUCCAAGCGUGACCCUUUGAGGCCCUACAUGGAUGUUAUUGAUAAUAUGCUAGCACAAAUGUUUAAGCAGGACCCAUCCUUUAAACCACAAGGUGGUCGGUUGGGAGAAAAUGAUAUGGACUUUGACACGGAUGAGAAAUCAAUGGCAACACUCAGGCGUCAUCUUCAAGGAGCUCGAGAAGAGUAUUAUCGCUGCAGAAGCGAGUAUAUGACCUAUGUCAUGGAAGCGCUUGAACUGGAAGACACUGUUAAAAACUAUGAACGUGGCAGUUCAACUGGAUGGAAAUAUAUUUCAAGCUUCAGGCCUGCUCGCACUGGGAAGUUGGGUGCUUCCUUUGAUAGAAUGGAAUUUUUGUGGCGAUGCAUCUUAAGAAAGCAACUUGAGAAGGUGUUGGCUGUCAUACUUGGCACCAUGUCAGCUACAAUUCUUUUAGCAGAGGCAACUAUACUAAUUGGUGGAGUUGAUCUCUCUCUAUUUUCAAUCCUUAUAAACUCUGCAGGAAAACAAGAGCUACCUAUGCAGGUUUUGGCUUUUGUACCUUUGAUGUAUAUGUGCAUCUGCACAUACUACUCCUUGUUCAAAAUCGGAAUGUUAAUGUUUUACUCUUUAACACCUAGGCAGACAAGUUCAGUCAGCUUGCUUAUGAUAUGCUCGAUGGUUGCUCGAUAUGCUCCUCCAAUUUCGUACAAUUUUCUCAACCUCAUUAAUCUGGAUCCUAAGCAAACUAUAUUUGAGAAGCGAAUGGGAAAAAUUGACAAUGCCGUCCCUUUCUUUGGAAAUGAUUUUAACAGAAUCUAUCCACUUAUUAUGGUUAUAUACACCCUGUUGGUUGCGAGCAAUUUCUUUGAUCGUGUGAUUGGUUUCUUUGGGAGCUUGAAUAGAUUUAGGUUUCAAACUGAGGCAGAUGAUACUGAUGGAUUUGAUCCAUCGGGAUUAAUUAUCCUACAAAAAGAAAGAUCUUGGUUGGAUCAAGGACUAAAAGUUGGUGAGCUGGUUGUGCCACUGGCAAGAAACUUUAACGGUGUUGAUGUGGAGACUGGCAGCAACAGUACAGAUAGGACUGCCGCUGGAAUGAAGGCAACGAGCAGUUUAGCCUCUGAUGAGAGGAAGGGAAGUCGAGCCAGACCCUUGAAAGAAAGUCAGAGAUACAACACAAGCAAAGAAGCCAUCAGUAACAAGUAUGCUGCUGUUAGAGCACAGAGCAGGCAUGCCAAUACAAGGCCGGUGGAGAACAUUGCCUCUGCAAAGGUGCCAUUGCUUGAUGCUGGCAGCUCUCACUCCCACAACACGACAGCUGGGCCAUUGGCUGGUUUGGCCUUUAAAUGGGAAUCAAUGAAGAAUGGUUUUCAAAGUUUUAAAGUGAAUAUAGGAGCCAACAAAUUUCUUCCAUUACGCCAAGCGCAGGAACCACAACUUGGGUCUCACGAUUCAUCAUCUCAACCCCUUGAUGAGAUAUUCCAGAGACUGAAACGACCAUCUGCAGACCAUGGAAGUCUCAGUGAUGAUGAUGAUGAUUGAUAUGGGCAUUGGACUGAUAUCAAGAUUCCAGGUCCUACCAGAUAAUGUUAGUCUUGCCCAGGACACUAUGAAACUAAAAUGCCUGUUGUAGACUGGAAUCCAAGGUGUAUAGAUAAAGGGCGACACCCAGCAAAUACAACAUUUUUUCAUGGAAGCCUGGGGGAUGUAUCAUGGAGACUCCAUACGUGUAUCAGCAAUUAGAAACUCAGAUGAUACAAUAGCAAAAGUAGAGGAUUAUGUUUAUGAACACCACUGAAUUUGUGCAAGCAAAAUUCUUUCUUGUCAAUUGUACCAUUAAACCGAUCUUGGCAUGAGCUUCCUUUGAUGGGCAGUUUAUACACUAACAACAUUUUUAUCA